AUGCAGUCUAAAAGUGAAAAUUUCGAAAGCAUUAUAAAAUAAAAUUUUAAUUAGCUACUAGAUAAAUACUAAUUUUUAAUAGAAUAUGACUAUCAUAUGGAAGAUGUAGUUAUAGAGUAUAUAUAUUGAAUAAGUAUUAGAUUUCCUAAUCCUGAUAGUCCUAAAUGUGAAGACUUAAGAAUAUUGACUUAAUUGGAAGCAAUUUAAUGA